AUGUGCGCCUUUCACGCCCGCGGCCAGUGCAAGUACGGGGCUGGCUGCAGCUACGCGCAUGCAGCCAGCGAAGUCCGCCAGCCCCUCAACUUGCGCAAAACUCGCCUUUGUCUUUCUUUCCAAAAAGGCCGCUGCAGCAGCAGCAGCAGCAACUGCAACUUCGCCCACGGCGCCCACGAACUCCGCGCGCCCCACGGCCUCUACAAGACCCAACUCUGCCUCUUCUGGCUCGCCGGCCGCUGCGGGGCAGGCCGCAGCUGCCGGCACGCGCACGGAGACGAAGAGCUGCAGCAAAAGCCGCAGUCUCCGGGGCCUCCGCGCAGCAGCUCGCCAGCAAGAAAGGGCCUUGCUGCUGCUAGGGGACACUCGGGGGCUUCGCUGGACACGCUGGCUGGCG